CGAAUAGAAUUAAUUUCUUUUUAUUCGCAACGUUACUGUGAUAAAAGCAAUCUGAUUUCUUCCAAUGUUGUUUGCGCUUCAAUUGGCUCUACCUUUUCUUUGUACGACGGUUUGGCUUGCCCGUGAUACUUUAGCUGGUCUACCUCCACCACCGAAUUUCCCGUCUCACAUUCCGUUGCGAAACGGCGACUAUGAAAAUUGGUCGAAUGAAUUGUCCGUGCCAAAUCUAUGGUUCGCCACACCAUCGAAUGGGAAAGACGUGCAAUUACUAGCCAAUUGGGCAUUCUUGAACAACUACACAGUGCGAGCCAGUGGCCAGAUGCACAAUUGGCCUCCGAUGACUGUAACGGCAAUGAAUAAAGUCGCUAAAAAUGUCGUACUUGUCGAUACUACGAAAAAAUUGACCGCGAUGCAACUGACUCCGUCGCCGUAUCCAAACACUUCAGCCGUAAGAGUUGGCUGUGGAGUGACCAUACACAAUUUGUUAACCUUCUUAGAAGCCAAUGGGCUAGGAGUGGCUGCUUCACCAUCAAUAGGUGACAUUACCAUUGGUGGCGUCUUAGCCAUCGGUGGUCAUGGUACAUCGGUUUUAGCGGUCGGAGAAGAGGCGGUACCUGGAUUUUCUUACGGAUCAAUCUCGAAUCUGGUAAUUUCUCUAACGGCCGUUGUCUGGGAUGCAACGACAAAAUCAUAUGUUUUGAAGACGUUCAAACGAUCUGAAGCAGACACCAAAGCUUUCCUUGUCAACUUAGGCCGCACAAUUAUCACCGAAGUGGUUCUGAUAGUUGGACCCAAUUACAAUUUACGUUGUGAAAGUCGUGCCGAUAUUCUGAGUGACGAACUGUUCGCUGAUCCUGCAAAUGUUCACGCGAAUUCGAGAACAUUUUCGCGUUUCCUUGACGAAACGGGACGAAUCGAAACGAUUCAAUUUCCAUUCUCGAACACGCCAUGGCUGAAAAAGUGGAGUGUAUGCACGAAUAGACCAGCCAAUCUGUUAGCGAGGCGAGUUAGUAGUCCAUACAAUUACGUGUUGACGAAUAUUUUCCCUGAAUUUCUGUCGAUGGUCGUGGGUAAUGUAACGAAUGGACUGGGUUUGAUUAAUCCCAUUUUGGGACCGGCACAGAGUCUUGUGUCGACAGUGGGAAAUCUGGCAUUUUUGUCGUUUGAUAUUUGGGGACCGUCGAAGAAUCUGUUGUUGUACGUAAAAUCGUCGACACUUCGACAAACCGCAUCUGGUGUUGUCGUAAUCACGAAACAAGCAAAUGUUCAAAGUGUCGUGAGCCAGGCAACGGCAUUCUACAAGCAACUCCUACGUGAAUAUUCCGCACGGGGCGUUUACCCGAUAAAUGGAGUCAUCGAAAUUAGAGCGACGGCUCUCGAUCAUCACUACACAGUUGUACCAGAUGGUGAAGCGCCAUUAUUGUCUCCAGUUUUUCCAGUAAAAGAUCGACCGGAUUUGGAUACUGCACUCUGGAUCGCAGUUCUUUCAUUCGAUAAGGCACCUCAUCAGGCCGGAGCUUUUCAAAAAAUUGAACGAUUUUUCCAUGAUGUCGUCGAAGGUGACGAUGCGGUAGUCAGAGUUGAAUGGUCUAAAGGCUAUGGUUACUCGAAAAACGGACCGUGGACUGAUUCUGAAAUAGUCGGAGGUUUGGUACAGUCCAAAUUUGGCGUUGAUGAGUGGAAUUUGGCUGUGUCGACACUUGAUAGGUACGAUCCUCACCGCAUAUUCUCGAACGCCUAUUUAGAUAAGCUUGUUGUGAAGCGUUAAAAGUUUUAGAAUGAAAAUGUUAACAUGUUUCAGAUGGCAAGCAUAUGACCAGUAUUAUAAAUCGGGU